UUGAAGAAAGAGGAGUACAAGAGAAAGUAGAAUACAUCAUGUCAGAGAUACUGGACCUCUCUUUUCUGUCUGAGGUGGAAAGGGAUUUGAUCCUUAAUGUUCUACAGCGAGAUGAGGAGCUUCGGAAAGCAGAUGAGAAAAGGAUUAGGCGACUGAAGAAUGAACUACUGGAAAUCAAAAGGAAAGGGGCCAAGAGGGGUAGCCAACACUAUAGUGAUCGGACCUGUGCCCGGUGCCAAGAGAGUCUGGGCCGUUUGACUCCCAAGACCAACACUUGUUGGGGUUGUAAUCACCUGGUGUGUCGGGACUGCCGCAUCCAGGAAAGCAAUGGUACCUGGAGGUGCAAGGUGUGCGCCAAAGAAAUAGAGCUGAAGAAAGCAACUGGAGACUGGUUUUAUGACCAGAAAGUGAACCGCUUUGCUUACCGCACAGGCAGUGAGAUAAUCAGGAUGUCCCUUCGGCGUAAACCUGCAGCAAAUAAAAGAGAGACAGUGGGACAUUCCCUCCUUCAUCAGACACAGAUGGGUGAUAUCUGGCCAGGAAGAAAGAUUAUUCAGGAGCAACAGCAGGAACCCAGCAUGCCAUUCGAAGUGCCAAAGCAGAAAAGUGGAAAGAGUGUGAUAGAGGCUGAGAGUGAGAGUUUGGAUAGCUACACAGCUGACUCAGACAGCACCUCCAGGAGAGACUCUCUGGAUAAAUCUGGCCUCUUUCCAGAAUGGAAGAAGAUGUCUUCCCCUAAAUCUCAAGUUGAAAAGGAAAUUCAUUCAGGGGGUCAAAGUGUGGUACCUGUUGAUGAGGGUGAAAUGAUAUUCAAGAAGAACACCAGAAAAAUCCUCAGGCCUUCAGAAUGCACUAAAUCUGUGAUAGAUCUGCGCCCAGAAGAUAUGGGGCAUGAAAGUGGCUCCUUGGGAGACAGAAGCAAAUCUGUCCCAGGCCUCAAUGUGGAUAUAGUAACAGAAGCAGAAGAAGAAGAAGACAUUGACCACCUGGUGAAGUUGCAUCGCCAGAAACUAGCCAGAAGCAGCAUGCAAAGUGGAUCCUCCAUGAGUACCAUUGGCAGCAUGAUGAGCAUCUAUAGUGAAGCUGGUGAUUUUGGGAACAUCUUUGUGACUGGCAAGAUUGCCUUUUCCCUUAAGUUUGAGCAGAAGACACAGACUCUGGUCAUCCAUGUGAAGGAGUGCCACCAGCUGGCCUAUGCUGAUGAAGCCAAGAAACGCUCUAACCCAUAUGUGAAGACUUACCUUCUACCUGAUAAAUCUCGCCAAGGGAAAAGAAAAACUAGCAUCAAACGGGAUACUGUCAAUCCACUGUAUGAUGAAAUCUUCAGGUAUGAGAUUCCAGAAUCUCUCCUGGCCCAAAGAACCUUGCAGUUUUCAGUUUGGCAUCAUGGUCGUUUUGGCAGAAACACUUUCCUUGGAGAGGCAGAGGUUCAGAUGGAUUCCUGGAAGCUUGAUAAGAAAAUGGAUCAUUGUCUCCCUUUACACGGAAAGAUCAGUGGUGAGUCUCCGACUGGUGUACCAUUAUACAAAGGAGAGUUGGUGGUUUCAUUGAAAUACAUCCCAGCCUCCAAACUCCCUGCUGGAGGCAACCAGAAAAAAAAUAAAGGUGGUGAAGGGGGAGAGCUCCAGGUAUGGAUCAAAGAAGCUAAGAAUCUGACAGCUGMCAAAUCAGGAGGGACUUCAGACAGCUUUGUCAAGGGAUACCUCCUUCCUACGAGGAACAAGGCCAGUAAGCGUAAAACUCCAGUGAUGAAGAAGACCCUGAAUCCCCACUACAACCAUACAUUUGUCUACAAUGGUGUGAGGCUGGAAGAUCUACAACACAUGUGCUUGGAACUUACUGUGUGGGACCGGGAGCCCCUGGCCAGCAAUGAUUUCCUGGGAGGGGUCAGACUAGGUGUUGGCACUGGGAUCAGUAAUGGGGAAGUGGUGGACUGGAUGGACUCGACUGGGGAAGAAGUGAGCCUGUGGCAGAAGAUGCGACAGUACCCAGGGUCUUGGGCUGAAGGGACUCUGCAACUCCGUUCUUCAAUGGCCAAGCAGAAGCUGGGUUUAUGAGUUCCUGUCAUAUUCUACAGGUCCAGCCCUGGCCAGGGCAAAUCAGAGGAAGUAACAAAACUAAGAGCAAAUAUUUCUAAUUUAAUAUGUGUGUAUGUUGGAUGUGUAUGUACAAGCACGUAUUUCUGCAAAUCUUAUGCUAGCUAGAGUGAUGCAGCCUUGUUUCCUUUUAAAAAGCAGGCUCAAGAAAAAGGGCCUCUUUGAAAUGUUUUUAUUUGUGCACGAUCUAGUAUAUUUCAGAGUCUAUUCUUUCUUUCAUCAUUAUGAGAUUUAAUUAACUU